CUGUGCAAAAUCCCAGGGAGUGAGCAGUCCAGCCCGUCUCAGUUCAAGCUCUGAAAACAGAGAGGGCAUGCACCAACCACUGUGGACCCCUUGCCUUCUUGUUGCAAGCAAGGAUCUCCUGAAGGGAUGCUGGAGCAGGAGUCUGCUGUGCAGGCUGAUGCUGCGACCAGUUUUCUGAGAGCUGCAAGAUCUGGGAAUCUGGACAAAGCCUUGGAUCAUCUCAGGAAUGGGGUAGAUAUUAACACCUGUAAUCAGAAUGGGCUGAACGCCUUGCACCUGGCCUCCAAGGAAGGCCACGCGAAAAUGGUGGUGGAGCUUCUGCACAAGGAGAUUGUUUUGGAGACCACGACCAAGAAGGGAAACACAGCCCUGCACAUCGCUGCCCUCGCUGGACAGCAGGACGUGGUCCGGGAACUGGUGAACUAUGGGGCCAAUGUCAAUGCUCAGUCUCAGAAGGGAUUCACACCACUCUACAUGGCAGCGCAGGAAAACCACCUGGAAGUUGUCAAGUUCCUGCUGGAAAAUGGAGCCAACCAGAACGUAGCCACAGAGGAUGGCUUUACACCGCUAGCUGUGGCUCUGCAGCAGGGUCAUGAGAAUGUGGUUGCUCACCUUAUCAACUAUGGGACAAAGGGUAAGGUCCGCCUGCCUGCCUUGCACAUUGCAGCUCGCAACGAUGACACCCGCACAGCCGCCGUGCUGCUGCAGAAUGACCCCAAUGCUGACGUCCUCUCCAAGACUGGAUUUACGCCCUUGCACAUUGCAGCCCACUAUGAGAAUCUCAGUGUGGCCCAACUCUUGCUGAAUCGUGGAGCCAGUGUCAACUUCACACCCCAGAAUGGGAUCACUCCUUUGCACAUAGCCUCCCGACGAGGCAACAUCAUCAUGGUGCGGCUGCUGCUGGACCGUGGGGCCCAGAUAGAGACAAGGACCAAGGAUGAGUUGACGCCUCUCCACUGUGCAGCUCGCAAUGGACAUGUGCGAAUUGCAGAGAUCCUACUGGACCAUGGUGCUCCCAUUCAAGCCAAAACAAAGAACGGUCUGUCACCGAUCCACAUGGCAGCACAGGGUGAUCACCUGGACUGUGUGCGCCUACUCCUGCAGUACAGUGCUGAGAUAGACGACAUCACCCUGGACCACCUGACACCACUGCAUGUAGCCGCGCACUGUGGCCACCACCGUGUGGCUAAACUGCUGGUGGAGAAGGGAGCCAAGCCCAACUCCAGAGCCCUGAAUGGCUUCACGCCUCUCCACAUCGCCUGCAAGAAGAACCACAUUCGGGUGAUGGAAUUGCUUCUGAAGACAGGAGCCUCCAUUGAUGCUGUCACAGAGUCUGGCUUGACCCCCUUGCAUGUGGCUGCCUUCAUGGGGCAUUUGCCCAUCGUCAAAACCCUGCUGCAGCGUGGAGCAUCUCCUAAUGUGUCCAAUGUGAAAGUGGAGACUCCCCUGCACAUGGCAGCCAGAGCUGGGCACAUGGAUGUGGCCAAGUAUCUGCUGCAGAACAAAGCCAAAGUCAACGCCAAGGCCAAGGAUGACCAGACUCCUCUGCACUGUGCUACACGCAUUGGCCACACCAGUAUGGUCCGACUUCUGCUGGAGAACAGUGCCAACCCCAACCUGGCCACCACAGCAGGGCACACACCUCUGCACAUCACUGCCAGAGAGGGGCAUGUAGACACAGCCUUGGCCCUGCUAGAAAAGGGAGCCUCUCAGACUUGCAUGACCAAGAAAGGAUUUACCCCUCUCCACGUUGCAGCCAAGUAUGGGAAGGUGGAUGUGGCAGAGCUGCUGCUGGUGCAUGAUGCUCACCCCAAUGCAGCGGGGAAGAACGGCCUGACCCCACUGCACGUAGCUGUGUACCACAACAACCUGGAGAUCGUCAAGCUCCUGCUUCCCAAGGGGAGCUCUCCACACAGCUCAGCCUGGAACGGAUACACCCCUCUGCACAUUGCUGCCAAGCAGAACCAGAUGGAGGUGGCCAGCAGCUUGCUGCAGUAUGGUGCUUCUGCAAAUGCGGAGUCUGUUCAGGGAGUCACCCCUCUGCACCUGGCUUCUCAGGAGGGGCAUACAGACAUGGUAGCACUGCUUUUCUCCAAGCAAGCCAAUGGAAACUUAGGCAACAAGAGUGGCCUGACUCCUCUCCAUCUCGUGGCCCAAGAGGGACAUGUACCAGUUGCUGAUGUUCUGGUGAAACACGGAGUCACAGUGGACGCAACAACGAGGAUGGGCUACACCCCGCUGCACGUAGCCAGCCACUAUGGGAACAUCAAGUUGGUGAAGUUUCUGCUGCAGCACCAGGCUGAUGUCAAUGCUAAAACUAAGCUUGGCUACACACCCCUGCACCAGGCAGCGCAGCAGGGCCACACGGACGUGGUGACCCUGCUGCUGAAGCACGGUGCCUCUCCCAACGAGAUCAGCACGAAUGGCACCACUCCGCUGGCCAUCGCAAAGCGCCUCGGUUACAUUUCCGUCACAGAUGUGCUCAAGAUUGUCACAGAGGAGACCAGCAUCCCACCAGUCAGUGACAAGUACCGCAUGAGCUUCCCAGAGACUGUGGAUGAGAUUUUGGAUGUGUCAGAGGAUGAAGGCACUGCUCAUGUCACAGUAAUGGAGGAGGAGCUGAUCGCACCGAAACCCAGAACACCUGAACCCAGGGAGCAGGAGGUCAAGAGGGAGAUGCUGGAGUUUGUGACCGUGACAACACUGGAGCAAACGGAGGAGUCUGUAGCUGUCCCACAGGUCCCCUGUGUGCCCCCUGAGACUGUGGUGACCAGGGCAGAGGAGCCUGAGCAGGUGGGAUCUGUGGAGACUGAAGCUGAGCAAGGCAGCCUGCUGCACGCACCCUCGGUGUCCCCACAGGAGCCCUCCAAGGAGUUCGAUGAGGACUCCUUGAUUCCCAGCAGCCCGGCCACCGAGACCUCAGACAACAUCAGCCCUGUGGCCAGCCCCGUUCACACAGGGUUCCUGGUGAGCUUCAUGGUGGAUGCACGCGGCGGCUCCAUGCGGGGCAGCCGGCACCACGGGCUGCGUGUGAUCAUCCCACCCCGUGCCUGUGCUGCACCCACCCGCAUCACUUGCCGCCUGGUGAAGCCUCAGAAGCUGCCUGCACCCCCACCGCUGGCUGAGGAGGAGGGCCUGGCGAGCCGCAUCAUUGCACUGGGACCUGCUGGCGCCCAGUUCCUCAGCCCUGUCAUCGUGGAGAUUCCUCACUUUGCCUCCUACGGACGAGGGGACCGUGAGCUGGUGGUGUUACGCAGUGAGAAUGGCUCUGUCUGGAAGGAACACCGCAACCGCUAUGAGGAGAGUUACAUGGACCAACUGCUCAAUGGCAUGGAUGAGGAGCUGGAGAGCCAAGAGGAGCUGGAGAAGAAGAGGGUCUGCCGCAUCAUCACCACUGACUUUCCUCUCUACUUCGUGGUCAUGUCCCGGAUUUGCCAGGACUGUGACAUGAUUGGCCCCGAGGGAGGGUGCUUAAAAAGCACACUGGUGCCCAUGGUGCAGGCCACCUUCCCAGACACCGCUGUCACCAAGAAAGUGAGGCUGGCUCUGCAGGCGCAGCCCGUGCCUGAUGAGCUGGUGACCAAGCUGCUGGGGAACCAGGCAACCUUCAGCCCCAUCGUCACAGUGGAGCCUCGCCGGAGGAAGUUCCACCGCCCCAUUGGCCUCCGCAUCCCUCUGCCCCCAUCCUGGAAGGACAAUCCCAGAGACAGUGGCGAGGGUGACACCACCAGCCUGCGCCUGCUCUGCUCUGUGAUAGGAGGGACAGCACAAGCUCAGUGGGAAGACAUCACAGGCACCACGAAGCUGGUCUAUGAAAAGGAGUGCGCUAACUUUACCACCAAUGUGUCUGCCAGGUUCUGGCUGGCUGACUGCCCGCGCACUGCUGAGGCUGUGCACUUUGCCACCAUGCUGUACAAGGAACUGACAGCUGUGCCCUACAUGGCCAAAUUUGUGGUAUUUGCCAAGAUGAAUGAUGGACGGGAAGGCCGGCUGCGCUGCUACUGCAUGACUGAUGACAAAGUGGACAAGACUUUGGAGCAGCACGAGAACUUCACUGAGGUGGCCCGCAGCAGGGACAUUGAGGUGGUGGAGGGAAUGCCUCUGCAUGUCGAGCUCUCAGGGAACCUGGUGCCCGUCAAGAAGGCCACGCAGUCGCGCACCUUCCUCUUCCAGUCCUUCCGGGAGAACCGCCUCGCCCUCCCCAUCAAGGUCCGGGACAGCAGCCGAGAAGCCAGUGGCUCCCUGUCCUUCCUGCGCAAGGCCAUGAAGUAUGAGGACUUGCAGCAUGUGCUCUGUCACCUCAACAUCAGCAUUCCACCCUGCACUAAGGGAAGUGGCACUGAGGAGCGAAGGAGGACACUGACACCUUUGUCUCUGAGGGAGCGAUAUAGCAUCCUAAGUGAGAGCAGUUUCGGCUCUCUGAGCAGCACUGACAGGGCAGACCAGAAGAUGAUUGACAUCGCAGAGCAGCUCGGCCUCAGCUGGGCAGAGUUGGCACGUGAGCUGCAGUUUGGGGUGGAUGACAUCAACAGGAUUCGUGUGGAGAACCCUAACUCCUUGCUGGAGCAGAGCAUAGCCUUACUCAACCUCUGGGUCAGCCGCGAGGGCAAGGGUGUCAAGAUUGAGAACCUGUACACGGCGCUGAGGAACAUUGACCGCAGCGAGAUCGUCAGCACACUGGAGGGCUCCGGCCGGCAGAGCCGCAGCAUGAAGGGCAGCUGGCGCUACACAGACAGGGACUAUUCACUCUCACCCUCCCAGAUGAAUGGUUAUGCUUCGCUGCAGGACGAGCUGCUCUCCCCUGCCUCCCUGCAUUAUAUGCUGCCAUCCCCUCUGCGUGCUGACCAGUACUGGAACGAGGUGGCCAUCAUGGACGCCAUCCCUAUGGCCGCCACCGAGCAGGACGCCCUGAUGGAGAUGUCUGACAUGCAGGUGUGGUCCUCAGGGCUCACCCCUUCACUGGUGACGGCUGAGGACUCCUCUCUGGAGUGCAGCAAGGCUGAGGACUCGGAUGCCACAAGCGAAGGUCGUUUCCCAGGGCAACUUCUGACAGACGCACACGGCCCAGACCACAUGGGCUCUAUGGACUUAGUUGAGGAUGACACAGUGGACUCAGAUGCCAUGAAUGGGCUGAUUGAACUGCUAGAGCAGGAGGAAGGGCAGAGGCCAGAAGGGAAGACGCCAGCCAGGGACCGCCAGCUGGGGACUGGAGAGCAAAACCCAGAGGGUGAAGUCUCUUUUGUUUCAGUUCAACAGAAGGUACAAGCCAGGAUCGUGGCAUCGCCGACUGUGAGCCACACAGUGGAGAGGAGUGCAGACAGGCUGAGGGACUGGAAUGCAGAAGGCUCCUUUAUCUCCUGCCUACAGGACCUGACAGAGGGCUCCUGGCAGGAGGGGGUCACCCGACGGCUGGGCCCAGCACACACCGUGGCUGCUGGGGCGCAGGGCCAGGAGCAAGAGCAGGUCCUGGCGCCGGAUGUGGAGCUGAUGCGGGUCAGCUCCACAGAGGACAGCGACUGGCAGCCCCAGCACCCCGCGGGCGGCUGGCCAGAGGAGCCCGACAGCCGCGGCUUUGGGCAGGGCAACGAAGUCCUCCAUUUACCUGGGGAGCAUGUAACUGAGGAGCAGUUCACAGAUGAACAAGGCAAUAUAAUCACCAAGAAGGUCAUCCGGAAGGUGGUGCGUCAUCUGGGCCCCAAUGACACAGAUGACAGGCAGGAGCGUGAGGACCUGAUCCUGGAGGGCUCCCUGCAGGAGCCCCAAGACCUGGAGGCAGAGGCUGAUCACUUCAUGUACUCCAUCCUACAGAGGGACGGUCUGGGGGCCAAGGAGGAGGUGCAAGUGCGUGUCCCAAAACUGGAGGUCUCCGGGAGCAGGAUGGGGGCUCAGAUAGUGAAACGAGCCAGUCUGAAAAGGGGGAAGCAUUGACCCCCCUCAAAUGGCCUCUUUGGAGGAUCUCACCUCAACACCAAACCACUGAUCUCCACACCAACCUGAGAAGAGAGGAGAGGAAGACAGAGAUUGGAGGGAAGCAGGGCUGGCUGUACAUGUUUCAAUAGGCUAAUGGCAUGAUUUCUGUACGAGAUACUUACCGUCCUAUCCGCAUGACUGACUGACUGCAAGACGCAUGAGCUACAGUACUUCCAGCAAACAGAGGGACCCUGUCCCUGCCUUGCUGCCAUCGGAAGCCCAAAGACAGCAGCACGCACAAGGGGCAUCCUUCAGCUCCUCUGGGAGGCCAGAGCUGGACUGGCAGCAAAUGAGAGGGGAGAAGAAUCCACCCUCGCACGUCCGCCUGCGUCACUACAUCCCUGUGCAGUGCUCCAGUGGCAGGAAGGAGGCUGGGGCUGCUCACUGAAGGAGAAGAGGGGCUCUAUCCCCGUCACCAUUCUUGCCUCUGCUGGACUCGCUUCUCAUCCCUCUCAGUGAGUGCUGGGGCAGGGGGAGGGCAGCAAUAGGGGGAUGUGAGAGAGGAGGGCUGUGGGUGCAGUGUUGCCUGAUGCAGGGCUGCCCUUCCUCUCCCCAGCAUGUGCAGCAUCUCCUGCCAGGGCAGGGCUCUGGGCCGAGCACUGAGCUCGUUGCUUAUGUUGAAAGUGUAAACUGUACAGCAAUCAGCCUUGUGUAUAUGAACCAAUAAAUACUAUGCAAACACCUAGGGACACUCUAGCAGUAUGUACAAAGCACUAACAGCUCCACUCCCAAAUACCUCUUCAGGCUGCAGGAUGGGCAAAGCCUUUGGAGUAUGUGAGCAGCUCUGGUGAAUAGAGCUGGGAGCCUACAGGUGUGACAGGGUGGCAGAUUGUCUUGUCCUGCCCUUCCAUCUGAGUCUGGUCCCUUCUUGGCCUGAAGAGAGAGGCCCACAGGGGCAGCCCCAUGGGCUGGUCCAUGGUGCAAGCCCCAGUUUGUGCUGGCUUCAGCUGGGGUGAGGCUGGCAGCCUGCACUGAGGUGCUUGGGGCCCAGGGAGGAUAGGUAGUGAGAGCAGGAAAGGCUUGUGCCACGCACUGGACUGUGCCUAGCUCUACUCAGCACAAUAUCUGCUCAGGAGAUGGGCCAGGAGCUGGCAGGAGCCAGAAGCCCUGCACUACUUUGCAGGGCCUCCUGGCCUCCCUGUGAGGGCACAAAUGAGCACAGACCCUUGACCCCGUGGAUGUUGGCCCACCCAGGACCAAUCCCAGAAAUGGGGGGAGCUGCUUCCUCGAGUGGCUGCACUUUGGCCAAGUGAAUGCUUUCUGCAGCCACCGAGCUAAGCAGUCACCCUGAAAGCAAGGGCAGUGCUGGGGCAGCUGUUCUGGCAGGAGAAUCGUGGUGCUCAGGGCUGCCCAGGCAGCACUGAGAUGUGCAGAAGGUUGAAUCUGCUACAAAACUUGACCCUGGAAGGACAGGAUGCAGACAGCAGUAGAUCUGUGUCCCCAGCUCUCUCCUUUACCUAAGCAAUGAGGGGGCCUGGCCUUUGUAGCAUGGUGGUGUGGAGACCCCCUUGCCCUUUCCCCAGAGGUGGCUGUGGACUUGUUUAGCAGGGCCUGAUGCUGCUCUCGGUGGCCACAUGCAGAACAAGCCCACCUCCAGCUUCAGGCAGGGCAGCCCUGUCUCACAGUGGGUGCACACGUGCCAGGAAAGUCUCUGGCUCUGCUGCAGUCUGGAUAAAAAACCCAGAUGCAGCAAAGCAAAUGGCCCAGCUUAGCCAUGGAAAGCAAGGCAACCCCUUCCUCACCCCACCUCAAAGUAGGCACAGACUCCAUCCAUUACCCUUGCUGUGUACAAUAACCUACCUAGACCCACUGCAACAGCUGACCCUGUAGCAUCACCGUAGAGUUGUGUGUGGGUCCUGUGCUUUGGCCUAGUCUACGCCUUAGGGAAUGUGCUGUGCUGCAACUGUGCCCGGCACCUGCAGUGACAUUGCUUUGCGCUCAGAUUGCUCGUAGGGCUGGUAGGGGGAGGCUGCACCCAACAUUGAGCCUAGAGAAUGCAGCAGUCUGCACACUAGAAGCUUUUUAGAAGUUUUAAAAAUUACUUUUAUUUCCUUUUUUUAAUUGUUAUGGAAACAAGCCUUUUGGAUCUCCCUGUCUUAGCCCCUGAUGUAUAGAUCAUAUCCCAGUACACCAGCUAUCGGACUAUGAAUUAAUAAAGAAACUAACACAGA